AUGAUGAACCGGUGCUUCAGCUGCCUCAACGGUGGCGGCGGCGAGACCGAACCGGAGGCUGCCGCCAGUCGUCGUCGGAGAAACCCCCCGUCGAGGAGGGCGUCCAGGAACAGGAACCGCAGCGUGGAGUUCCCGUGGGAGAUGUUCACCCUCAAGGAGCUCGUGCAGGCGACCAAUAACUUCAACGAUAGCAACAAGCUCGGCGAGGGCGGCUUCGGCACCGUCUACUGGGGCCGCACCUCCAAAGGCGUUGAGAUCGCGGUGAAACGGCUGAAGGCGAUGACGGCAAAGGCGGAGAUGGAGUUUGCGAUCGAGGUAGAGAUUCUGGGCCGCGUCCGCCACCGCAACCUGCUCAGCCUCCGCGGCUUCUACGCCGGCGGCGACGAGCGGCUCAUCGUGUACGACUACAUGCCCAACCACAGCCUCCUCACCCACCUCCACCCGCACCGCGGCACCCCGGCUUCGCAGCAGCACCCGCCCCUUGACUGGCCGCGCCGCGUCUCCAUCGCCCUCGGCGCCGCCCAGGGCCUGGCCUACCUGCACCAUGAGGCCACCCCGCACAUCAUCCACCGCGACAUCAAGGCCAGCAACGUGCUGCUGGACGCGGAUCUGGUGCCCAAGGUGGCCGACUUCGGCUUCGCCAAGCUCAUCCCGGACGGCGUCACUCACCUCACCACCCGGGUCAAGGGCACGCUCGGGUACCUGGCGCCGGAGUACGCCAUGUGGGGCAAGGUCUCUGAGAGCUGCGACGUGUACAGCUUCGGGUGUGUGGAAUUGGUGGUGGGUCUUGUUUGGUGA